AAAAUACGACCGGCAUUAAAAUGACAACUUCGGCGUUUUGUGUGAAUUCCUUGAUAAAUUCAGGGGAGAGUGGUGCCAUCCUGAAAUCCGGCCAGCAGUCAGACAUCCAUGGCUCGACUGGACUCGCUGCCACCAAAUGCCCGAGUGGCAGCGGCAGUUUUGCGCCCAAAUUUGCCGAUUCGCCGGCGCAGGCUGUCGCCAGUCACAACAUGCCGCCGACCGCGGGGCCCCCGUCCGCUACCAACAUGUACUCGCUAGCCACCGACCAAAGCUGCUAUACCAACCCAUGGCUUUACUCAUCAGGUGACAUGACCCACUACCCACCGAUGUCUGUUGCUGGGGUGAGUGAGGACUACGAAAACAGCCCCUCGUACCCCUAUGUCAGCUCCCAGAAGGGGUACGACACGGCCCUGGUCCCCUCCUCCGGGAGCUACUAUACCCUCAACCGACAAGCUUACGAACGGUACACAAACCACUCCACGAAUGUGUACCAUGCCUCUGCCCACAACGGUCACGGACUACCGGCUAGUUUUGCCGGCAGCUUCGCCGCAAAAUUCGUGGGCGGUGCGGCCGACUCGGACAGGCAGCGCUACGGCAACUUCGAGUCGUACGAUUCACCGAGCUUCGGUACCUCGGUGAAGGCAGGCCAACACGGGGCCGGGAAGACCCAGACGGCGUACACCGCGGCACCGGCCACGGGUAACACCAGUCCCCCACUUGGCAAGGAAUCUUCCAAGCAAACGACCACGAGUGGCGAGUCCAUCACCAAGAGUGAAGAUGACGACACGACGAAAACCGACAGCACACCGAACUGGCUGUCGGCGACUUCGGGCCGCAAGAAGCGCUGCCCCUACACCAAGUAUCAGACCCUGGAACUGGAGAAGGAGUUCCUCUUCAACAUGUACCUGACCCGGGACCGCCGGGUGGACAUUGCCAGGCUGCUGAAUCUGACCGAGAGGCAGGUCAAGAUCUGGUUCCAGAACCGACGCAUGAAAAUGAAGAAGAUGCACCGCGCCCAGGUCUUGAACUGCUGAUAGGUGGCGCCCUACACAACCCCCUGAGUAACUUUGGAUGGACACACACAAAAACUGAUGGCAUCGUCAGAUGCUAGACGGGGGAGAACAGCCUGGGGUGUGCGUGCGAGGGGAGAACAGCAGCGGUUUACGAGGGCGUCACGUACGUGGAGUUAUCUUUGGGAGAUUUUACGUUGGCCUACGUGAGGCUGUCUUUGGUCACGGAGUCACAGACACAGUGCUAGCUGUUUUGGGGAAUGACCCGUCAAUCCCUUGCAAAUUAUGGUAUUAUUGUCAGUGUGACUUUGCCUGCUUUGGCUGAGCCAUGGAGCGUGACUGAAAGGCUUUGCACAGCAUACUCACCGGGGUAUAAGUUUGUCGACAACAUGCACGCAUAAUCGUCUUAAUGUGUCGACCUGACGCCGUUGGGGCCGUGGCGGCGGCACUGAACCCCGAAUUCCACUUCGUUGAGGCGCUGUCCACCUCCUGCGAUCGCGAUGGAAUGCACAUUAUAUUCGUAUGGGUGAGUCUAGGCGCACCGCAUGGUAUGCAAGACAGACCGAGGGGAUGCUGACACUAUCCGAAUCCCGUUGCAUCCAUCCCGAGCAGUGCUGGCCGACGGAUAAAUGCCAUGGAACAGACAACGGCAGAUGCCUCCCCAAUAGCGUUCGCAGUAUUUAUCCACACCAAAGCACCCGUAUUGGUCCUGUCAUUUUAUGUAAAUAAACAAGUAAGAAUAAGUAACCUGUUGCUAUAAAUGAAGAGUAUAUAGAUGUCGUGACUCAUAUUUUGUAUUCUUAAAAUUACAGUAUGUAUAAAAUAGAAUACCAUUUAGGACAAAGACUCCGAGAUACAAAUGAAUUCAUCUGCCGAGAAAUUAUCGUGCUUCCCAGCACAAAUAAACUUGUUUUAAUAACAAAUUCAGGAUAGUACACCCGUUACAAUAAAGAAGAAAGUCGUGUUAAGUAGGAGAUGGAUGUAACUUCAAAGCGUGAAAAUUCCACAUUCAUCAGUAAAGUAUAAUUUCAAAGUGUUUUUACCAAAUAAUUAAAAGAUCAUAUUUUGCUGCUUAUUUAUACACAAGUCAUUGUGACAAAUACCAUUGUUUGGGCCGAAAUCCUUCCUCAGUGUGACAAGGAAAAACACACCUGUCGCUUCUACUACAUGUACAUGUAGUGUUUACGUUCUUAAUACAUGUAGAUUGCACUCAAUGUUACGAGUUGAAAUGUACAUAAAAACUUUUGGUCAACUUUAACACCACUUGAAAAUGAAUUCAGGUUACUGUAGCGAUGAUGAUGAUGUCAAUUGCCGUCAGGCUGGUUACAUUUAUUAUAUUUCUUCAUUGGUUUUGUUUAAACAGGCAGUCAAAUUUGAAUUCUCACGAGGGCGCUGUGUAAACGCGACUGAGUUGUCUAGAAUUUUGACUUCUUGUGUUGUUUGUAACGGUUUGAAGGUUCUGAUCGGUGGCUCGAGAAGAGCUGCGAUGAAUCCUGGAUAUUUACUUGACUCAUUCGCUUUUGUUGAUCUUGUUUUAUUCGGCAAAAAAUUCAUCGUAGCUUGUUUCUAUACAGCCCGAUGUGGUCAUGCCUACCGCCCUGCCCAAUGGCACUAGAAGCUGCUUUGGGUAUGGAGGACUAAAAAUAAUGUGGGUACCUUUUAUCUCCAUGUCCAGUGUACUUCCCAUUCUAAACACAACCACAAAACACGACCUAUCGCGCAUACAGAAAUUGUCAGUUGUGAAUUAGUCACAAGGAACGUAGAAUGCAUCUCCUUUUGGUUGGUAUCCCGCCUUGACUUGGACGGUUUGUACCAGGUAGCUCUAUGGAAUUCGCCCGUCCCCAGCGCCCUUACGAAGGGCCACCAAUGCAGGAUGGAUGACGUAGUUUUUCGCGAGCACUCAUUGGAUGAAGCAUCGAGGAAGGACAAUUUUAAACAUUUUUUUUCAGGCAGAGGUGACCGACUCGGAUUUGGCUGAAAUUUUUCCUGCAAAGGGUACUGGAGGUGUCUAUGAAAUCCUGAAAGUUUCAACUUCAGAGACAUCCUCCUUGAAAAGUUAGGCUCAUUGAUGAUUCGUAUGAUCAUUAACAAGUAUCAACACUUCCGCCUGCGCACUGCAUAAAUGUACGGACUAGGACAGCAAAUUAAGCACAGUUUUCCGCAAGUCAGUAACUGUGACAUAUUUCCACCAAAGGGCGGUAGGAACGAGUUAAAUCCCUUGGGUUGGGGUGGUCGGUAUGAGCGGAGGGACUUGACUACCUCAGCCGUGUGGGGAGAGGGCGCCAUACUUGCCACAUAUCUUUGAUUUCAGCCAUCGCUUCGGGGCUCCGUCAUCUCAGUGGGAAUUCACCACCUGCCUCUGGCAAUCAUGCGCCGAGUACACAAGCUAAUUCCGCAAUGGCCUAAAUCCGAAUGUGAAAUAUCGAGUACAAACUGUGGCUGACACAUUUACGACUUGGGGAAACUAUGUAAAUUACCCCGUGGCUCGGUCCCCGGGAUCAAGUCGCGGCGUCCGGCGCACCCGCCGCUGGCCGUGGGAGUUAUCAUAACCACACGGCCAACUCAGCUGAUUCCGUGUAUUAAUAAAAUGUUUCUUAUGCAUGUGGGACAAAUGAAUGCACCAAAUCAACAUCUGUUGUAGAUACAUAAGACCAGGGUAUCAAGACUUUGUUAGUCGAUGAGACAAAUGAAGGAGAUGGCUGCGAAGGUUUUAGCGCCAGCUUCAGAUUUGGGAACCCAAAUGGCUGUUCAUUCGUAAAGCAGGCUGCUUUUGUGUGCUAGUUGUCCAAUUUACACUGAGGCACUAUCUGUCAUUUCGGUUCCAAAAAAUGAGACACUCAUGUUGCAACUCUCUCUAAAAACCGCUUUGAGUUUUUAGAAUAGUAUGGCGCCACCUUGUGGUAAAGUCUCUUAAGAUGUAGGCGCCAUACACAAGUUUCGCAUGUCAUCCGAAAGGCAACUUUCAAAGAGAAAAAAGUGGAAAUUGAAGCUUUCGAAAAGGAAAAGACCACAAAACGAAGCUGUUACGUAGAAUAGCGCAAAACACACUUCCUACGACACGCUAGGGAAUCGCUCUCCCUUCAGCACCUGAUGUGGCCCUAGUUAAGCCCUGUUGAUGAAAACGAACUUGACAAGCAAUAUACUACGACUAGGCUACGAUAUUUCGGAAUGCUGUCUGGUUUCUGUCAGGGCCGUCUUUGUGGCAAACAUUGGCUUUUUUACCUGUGGUCCUGCGAUCUUUUCUUAACCCUCUGCUCCAGCUCUCUCGACGAACCGAAGCGGGGUUUUGAUUAUGGCCAGUAAUUCACAUUAUACAUGCAUAAAAUUAUGUGGCUAGCUCCCCGAAUCACACUACACAAAAUAUUUGUGAAUUUCACGUUGUAAUUUAUGGAGCUUACCGUCCAUCCAUUAGCGGCAUUUAUCAAGGUUUUGUGCUUGGUUACAUGCCAUUGGUGGAAACACUGAGACCUUUUGUCUGAGAUGGAAGAGAGACGAGUGGAAGGAAAUUAAAUGUGACGUGCCCAAUAACGCCAGAUUGCAAUUCAUUAAAGUGGGGUAAAUGUCAUUUCCUCUGGAUUGGGCGAGGGCUACCUUCUUCCAGACUUCUCGGUAGAAUAGAGGAAAUUCAGCGUCUUAAAGUUUGAAGUAUUCGAUUUCCUCCUACGCCUUCUCAUUCUCGGUCACGAAAACGAAAUCCACUGAUGCCACCUAAAUAGAAUAUUCAGCCUACUUUGGAACUGACUGUAUACAUGUGUACGUGUACGUGUAAAAACUAAGCUUUAUGCGCAGUUCUGGGACAGUCCUCUGCCAUCUCACUGUUUAGUUCCUAAAUACACUGGACAAAACUCUUGACGGCGACCAUUAAAUCGAAAAUCACAACCAUUCACAUUGGUGUGUUACGUACAAUCUUUAUCGUUUCUUUACAUCUAUAAAAAUUGUCACAACUGAUAUGUGUGUUUCUAUUUUGAGCUUCGUUUGACACAAUUUUUUCUUCAAAGAUACCUCCGUGUCCAAAGUGAACAUGUGACAAUAAUUAUUUUGGGACCAUUCUUUCAUUGAGAAUCUUGUUUUGGGUAAUAUUUGAAACCUGACUCGGCUCAUUCAUUGAGGCAAUGCACUGAAACAAAGCUAUGUAUCAAAGCUAUGUAUCGUAACAAACAACAGGGAACUGGUGUGGUCCUUAGGGGCGGUGUUCAGGGUCAACACAUGUAUAAACACAACACAUGUAUGUAGCAAUCGUCUGGCCUACAGAUGGUGGAAUUCUUUGUAUGUAGUGUGGAAAGAGUCAGAAAAAAAUGGUAACUAACAUGAUGAACAAAGUGGAGUUAAUGGUAUAAACAGUGGCAUUACUACAUCAGGGCACGUGCACCUCCAAGUUGAGGUCCUUGCGCCCCGCCCCCCCCGUUAACCCACUCCCAUCCGUCUAUACAAACCAUAGUUCAUCAGCUUUCGGUGCACCCUUGAAAGAAAAAUGGGUUCACUCGGGUACUCCUGAAAAUCCACCACUCCACUGACAACAUGGAAGUCUAAAGUCUCUUUAAUGUAAACGACACAUCUGCGAAAAAGGUGAUUGUAACUUCGAAAUCCAUAUCGCCCCAAACUUCAAGUUGUUGGCAAAAGUGGUUCAUGGAAAGACGAAACUCAGACGUUUAAUUGUAGUUAACAUUUUUGUGUAUGAAAUUUAUUUUAUUAGAUUUAGUUACUUUCGUUUGAUUUGUUCUUACGUUUUUUGCUUUCAAAUGCAGAUGUAGACUGUAAAUACAUGUAUAUUUAUAAGCAAAAUAUUGGAUGUCUUUGUAAGUGUAUAUGGGUUAAUGUCAAUAAACAUGUGGAAACGGUUUGUGAAUAGGAUUCAAUAGAAACAGAAAUUAA